AUGGGCGAGUUCUUGUUCAACAUUGACCACGGAUACCUCGAGGCGCUAACUCGUGGACUCAAGGGAGGACUGCUCACUCAGCCCGAUUACGCCAACUUGGUGCAGUGCGAGACUUUGGAAGGUACCCGAACAUUCCGUCCAACACUUUUCAAUGCCACUUCUUCAGACCUGAAGCUCCACAUUCAAUCGACCGACUACGGAAACUUCUUGGCCAACGAGCCGGGAGCGAUCACCGUGCAAGUAAUCGAUGAGAAGCUCAAGGAGAAGCUCGUCACCGAGUUCACCCAUCUGCGGAACAAUGCGUUGGAGCCUCUGGCUACCUUCUUGGACUACAUCACGUGAGCGAAUGACUGUCCUUUACACAAAUUCCUUGUUCUUUCAGGUACUCGUACAUGAUCGACAACAUCAUCCUGUUGAUCACCGGAACUCUGCACCAGAGACCGAUCAGCGAGUUGAUCAACAAGUGCCACCCGCUCGGAUCGUUCGAGCAAAUGGAGGCCAUCCACAUCGCUUCUACUCCGGCCGAGCUCUACAACGCCGUUCUCGUCGAUACCCCAUUGGGUGAGCGAUUGGACGCAGAAGUCUUUUAUGCAACGAAACAUUUUCAGCCAACUACUUCGUUGACUGCAUCAACGAGCAGGAUUUGGACGAGAUGAACGUGGAGGUCAUCCGUAAUACUCUCUACAAGGCCUACAUCGAGGACUUCUACAAGUUCUGCGCUGCACUCGGAGGAAAGACCGCCGAGGUCAUGUGCAACAUUCUCGCCGUAAGCAGUACCUCAUGUGUUCUGUUUUAUCUUUGCUUGUUUACAGUUCGAGGCCGACCGUCGUUCCAUCAUCAUCACUAUCAACUCUUUCGACACCGAGUUGAGCAAAGACGAUCGACAGAAGCUGUACCCGAGUUGCGGAAAGCUCUUCCCGGACGGACUUACCGGACUGUCUCGUGCCGAUGAUUACGAUCAAGUGAAGCAGGUGUGCGAGUUCUAUGCGGACUAUAAGCCACUCUUCGAGGGAUCUGGAAACGGACCAGGAGAGAAAACUUUGGAGGACAAGUUCUUUGAGCAUGAGGUAAUAAUAUUAAUUACAAACAUCCAUGCAUAUAAUAUUUCGAUAUUUGUAGGUGAAACUGAACGUGCACUCGUACCUUCAUCAAUUCCACUUUGGAGUCUUCUACGCAUUCAUCAAACUGAAGGUUAGCUAUGGGACCAGAAAUAAGUAGAACGGGGGGAGCGAGACGUUUAAAAAACAAUAGUAUACGACCCUGGAGACCAAUUGAACUCGAUUUUUAGGAGCAAGAGAUGCGCAACAUCAUCUGGAUUGCCGAAUGCAUCUCGCAACGACACCGCACCAAGAUUGACAACUACAUUCCGAUUCUGUAA